ACUCGACAUCCCCUCAUUGAACACCUCGCAACUUUAACUCGAAUUCCUUUUCCACACACACACCCCCAAACAAAAUAGAAAAAGAAGAAGCAAAAAAGGCCCGCUCAACAAACCUUAACCAACAAGGUCGACGUCCCAUACACAAGUCAACUCGAUGGCAGGCCCUGCGUCUCCCGGCAACGACGGCCCAACCUUUGCGCCCCCGCCGCUCCCGGCCGGCUGGAUCGCGCAAUGGGAUAACGCCUCCAAGAAGUACUACUACGUCCAGCUCUCCACCGGCGUUUCGCAAUGGGAGACUCCCACAGAUCCAGCUCCCGUUGGCGCCACCCCCGGGGCCGCUCAUGAACAUCCGUACGGCGUGCCCGGUAGCGACGCCGAUAGGAAACCCGAGAUCAUCACUUACCCAGACGGCAGCCAGAGCGCCAAGUACCCCGAUGGAAGAGUAGAGCCGGUUGCUCCACGAGAGGAUGGCACGAGGGGAAUUGGAGGCCCUGAUCAGGAUAGAAGUUUGGGUUCUUUUAUUGGAAACACUCUCAUUAGCAACCUCGCCGGCGGAGGUAAGCAGUCCCACGGAAGCAGCAGCGGUGGUGGUGCAGGUGGCCUGGUUGGCUCCCUGCUUCAGGGCGUCACGGGCGGUGGAGGCCACGGCUCUAGCGGACACGGAAACAGCAGCAGCGGCGGAGGAGGCCUUGGUGGAAAGAUUGCGUCCCAGCUCGUCUCGGGCAUGUUCUCUCCCGGUGGGAGCAACAAGCCCAAGCCUUCGUCCUCGUCCUCAUCCUCGCAGCAACACAAUUACCACGGCAACCAGUCAUCUUCGCAUAGCUCUUCGGGUAGCCACGGCGGUGGUCUCGCUGGCGUCAUGGGCGGCAUCGGCAAUCUGUUCGGAAACAAGCCCAGCUCUAGCUCCGGCUUCGGCUACUCCAACUCGGGACAAAGCGGUUCCUACAGCGGCCAGACACCUCCGGCGACAUAUCAGCAAGCCACGUCGGGAGGUGGCUCAUCCUCCACCUACCACACGGCCGGGCCCACGUCCCAAUCGCACCAGUCACACCAAUCGCACAGCGGCAGCAGUACUCCUUCCUACGGCGCGGCCGGCCAACAUGCCCCCUACGGCCAAAACCAGCACGGUCAGCAGCCUCCUUACGGUAGCACCUCCUCCUACACCUCACCUCCGACUGGCCAGCAGCCCCAGUAUGCUCCUCCCCCGGCCGAAGGACCACCGGGACAAUAUGGACAGCAAGGGCAGUACGGACAGCCCCCGCAGCAGCAACAUGGGUAUCAGGGUGCCCCGUAUGGUCAGCCACAAGCAGGCGGCUACUAUCAGCAGGCCCCCUCGUACGGACAACCGCCGCAGGGAGCUCCCUAUGGCCAGCAGCAGCCUCCGUAUGGCGGACACCAGGGGCAACAACAGCAGUACCCACCGCCGCCUACUACCUAUGGCCAGCCACCUAGUGGUCAGUAUGGCCAACAGUCUCAGUACGGCGUGCCGCCGCCACCCCAAUAUGGCGGGCAGCCGCAGGGACAGUAUCGGUAUUAGGGAGGCCAGCCUCAUGAUGAUGAUGGACUGCGUUUGACCGUGAAAGUUGCAGGUAGCCGUCAGCACCAGUUCACCGGCGUCACGUUGAGAGGUGGAAUGGGAAUGCCGCCAGCAGCGUCGAAUUCGCGGUAUGAUAACGAGCUUCAAGGACGGCUACUCUGAUUUCAGGUUGCGCGCAACGCCAAAAGUGGUCGACGUAUAGAGGACUGAACAACCUGGCGAAGAUACCAAGGACUUACAGGGGUGAGGCCGGACAAGGUCGGUUCAAAGGACAUAAUCGGGUAAAAAAGCUUUUAACGACCAGGUUA